AUGGCGCUCGCAUACGGGUUCUGCUCGUCGCCGUCAUACACCCCCGAUGCUUGCUCACCUCCGUCCCACAUGCUGCGCGGCCCCUUCUUCCAGGGCUUGGGCGUCGGCCGCGACUACGAGGAGUACGCCCCAUCAAGCCCUUCGCCGCUCGCGAGCUCCAAGGACUACUACACUCCAUCGAGCCAUCUGCCGUCGCCGGACUACACUCCCUCGAGUCCUCUGCCGUCCCCGGACUACACUCCGGCGAGCCCCGACUACACUCCGGCGAGCCCUGACUACACUCCCGCGAGCCCAGACUACUCUCCCGCGAGCCCAGACUACUCUCCGGCGAGCCCCGACUACACACCGGCGAGCCCAGACUACACUCCGUCAAGCCCCGACUACACUCCCGCGAGCCCAGACUACUCUCCGGCGAGCCCCGACUACACACCGGCGAGCCCAGACUACACUCCGUCAAGCCCCGACUACACUCCCGCGAGCCCAGACUACUCUCCGGCGAGCCCCGACUACACACCGGCGAGCCCUGACUACACUCCGUCAAGCCCCGACUACACUCCCGCGAGCCCAGACUACUCUCCGGCGAGCCCCGACUACACACCGGCGAGCCCAGACUACACUCCGUCAAGCCCCGACUACACUCCCGCGAGCCCAGACUACUCUCCGGCGAGCCCCGACUACACACCGGCGAGCCCAGACUACACUCCGUCAAGCCCCGACUACACUCCCGCGAGCCCAGACUACUCUCCGGCGAGCCCCGACUACACACCGGCGAGCCCAGACUACACUCCGUCAAGCCCCGACUACACUCCCGCGAGCCCAGACUACUCUCCGGCGAGCCCCGACUACACACCGGCGAGCCCAGACUACACUCCGUCAAGCCCCGACUACACUCCCGCGAGCCCAGACUACUCUCCGGCGAGCCCCGACUACACUCCGUCAAGCCCUUCGCUGUCGCUGGAGUACACUCCGUCCAGCCCUGUUCGGCUAGCUUUCUUGCUGAUGUCUCCGCCGCGCGCCGCGUCCCCAGACUACACGCCCUUGAUGCCGUCAGAGCACGCUUCUUGGCCGGACUACACGCCCAGUACGCCGCCUUCGUCCCCCGUGGUGGUGUCUCACGCCGAGUCGUCCACGUCUGCACCGUGUCGCCGCCACCAUCCGUACCAGAGGAGCGGCGGCGGACGGAUCAACCGCGGCGGACGUCAGCGACAGCGUGCCUUGGGAUAUUGAUGUCUUGCAAAUUGUAA